AAACAAGGACAUGAGAGGAGUAGAGGACUCUCUCAUUUGAACUUGACCAGCCCCAGUUUCCUCUUCAAUUUCUUCCAUUCUAAGCAUCCUCUCGUCUCUUAAAGUCCUCGAGACAGUUUUCUCAGCCCCAUUUUGCAGAACCAUUCUGUCUCCUUUAAUUUUUUUAGAUAGUCAUGACUCAUAAUAACAACAGUUAACAACUUCCCAGUGACUUCACCAUAUCAAGUUCAACUCUGGAUUCUGGAAACACAACCCAAGAGGGACUUUUUGGAGUAUUUUCAACCAAGAAUUUGCCUUCUGAAUCAUCUAUACAGAACUGGAUGCUAAUCGAGUUGCUUGGAAUCAUUGGUGGAAUUGACUGACCUAAUAGGGAGAUCCUGAUACCCAAAACAGACCUUAAACUUUCAUCAAUUUUGGAUACCCAGCAGUUUAGGUUCAUUAGUGAGUUAGUUUGUAGACCGUCUCAGUCUAAGCCUUUAAGAUUGAAUCGAGUUAAGACUCCUACCACAACCAAGAAAGUUUGGAGAAAGAAGGAAGACAAUAUCUGUCUUGCAGUUCAUACUGUGCUAAAAGUGCUUGACGCUUGUCUUUGGUACCUAGAUAGUGGAUGUUCUAGACAAUGGACUUCAAUGGAGAAAUCCAGAUAGCAUUACUACAAGCACUAUGGGAUAAUGUAACACAACAGGCAAUCGAGCUUGUUAGUGAAACAAGGGAUGCGAUGCUGAACAAGAACAGCUUUCAGGAAUUCUCCAAUAAUAUUUUUAAGCUUAAAAGCCUCCUUGGCUCAUUGAAUGCCAAGAAAGUUGUUGAAGCAAGAGGUUUAGAAUCAACAAGAGCUGCAUUGGAGAACUUGAAUUUCCAGCUGAAUAAAGCCUGCAAGAUCAUUCAAGAUUGCAAAUCUGGUAGUCGCAUCCAUCUCUUAUUUAAGUCAAACUCAAUACUCUUGCAGAUGCAGGAUAUGGCCAAAGAUAUUGCCAAGACUAUUUCCUCGUUUCAGCUAAUCAAUCUUGAUAUAACCUUGGACUUAAAGACUAUGACUAACCAGAUCAUUGACAACUUGAGCUCAAUGGAGUUUCAGUCAGCAUUAGCAACAGAAGCAAUUGCUUCUGAGAUAGAAAAUUCAAUAUCCCAGAGCAAUAAGAAUCAGGAGAAUGCUGUAAAGCUCCUGGAGAAGAUUGCAGAAGCUGUUGGUGCUAGUGUGAAUGCAUCCAUGGUGCAGACUGAAUUGGAACUUCUGAAGCAGGAAAAAGAAGAAAUGGAAGCUCAAAAGAAGCAGGCAGAGGCAUUACAAUUAUCGCAGUUGAUUCAGUUCUUGUACAGUACAGAAAUUGUUACGAGGCCAUACGAUGAUAAAAGAAUUGCCACAUACCACCAGCAAUACCCAAUUGAUUCAUUCAUGUGUCCAUUAUGCCAUGAGAUGAUGGCAGACCCAGUUGCAAUCCCCUGUGGCCACAGCUUUGAGAGGAAAGCCAUUCAGGAAUACUUUGAAAGGGGGGAGAGAAAGUGCCCUACCUGCAGACAGGAGCUCCUAUCCCUGGAUCUUACGCCAAACCUUUCCCUUCGAAACUCUAUCGAAGAAUGGAAGCAGCGAGAUAUGGACUUAAGAUUCCAAGCUGCAGUGCCUGGAAUCAAAUCAGAUGACUCGUCUAGACAGAACAAGGCCUUAGAGGACAUGCAACUUUUGAUGGAGAAGCCUUCAUAUGCAACCAAAGUUGCAGAGGAACGACUCAUACCAAAGUUGGUGGAGAUACUAAAAGACGAUAGGUUAAAUAGUGCUGCGGCACUAAAAUGCCUUUACUACAUAGCUAAAUACUGUGAUAAUCACAAAGAAGCCAUGGUUGAAGCAGGGGCUGUCCGUCGCAUCGUGAAGCAGAUUUAUAAAGAUGGAACAGAACCAGAUGCCAUUGCAAUCUUGUUGGAGCUGUCAGAAAGAGAAACCCUUGCAGAGAAAAUAGGAAGUACAAAAGACUGCAUUCCUCUUUUGGUUUCUUUACUCUCAAACAACAACCCUGAUGUAUCACAGAAUGCCCACAAUGUGUUGCAAAAUCUCUCCUCUAAUACACAUUUUGUUGUUAAGAUGGCUGAAGCCGGACACUUCCAACCAUUUGUUGCUCGCUUUAACCAAGGACCUCAAGAGACCAGAACAUUGAUGGCUGCAGCAUUGAUACAGAUGCAACUCAAGGAAAUCAACAUUCAGGUCUUAAAGGACAAGCAAUUCACACAUAAUUUAGUCCAGAUGCUCUCUUCAAGUACCCCAGCAUGCAAAGCAACUUGCCUCAGAUCUAUCAAAAAGCUUGUAGAGUACCCCAAGAUGGUAAAGCGACUUCUAAAAGAUCCUGUUACAAUACCUCAUUUGCUCGGUCUCAUCUCAUUUGUCAGGUCUGACCCACGAGAGAAAGAAGAAGCUGCAGAGAUUCUUGCUCUACUGGUUGGAGCUAGUCAGCACUUUGAACUUCAGAAAUAUCAGGGCUUGCAGGAGCUCCAAUCGAAGCAUAAUGUCAAUCUCCUUCUGCAGCUUGUAGCCAGCUCUGAUCCUCAAACUAAGGUUCAGUUCUUACACCUGCUGGUUGAACUCAGCCAGAAAUCUGAGACAGCUCGAAACCUAAUUCGACAAGAUGAAAAUGCGGCGGGGCAACUCUUCUCUUUGCUUCACAGUGACCAACCUGUGGUGAAGCGGUGGACAAUGAAGCUGAUAUACUGCAUUUCUGAAGGUGAUCCUGCAGGGGUUUCGCUACCACCAUCUCCUGCAAAAGAGUUAGCAAUUACCACCCUGGCAAGCAUCCUCACGUCUUCACUAGAUAUUGAAGAAAGGUCCACUGCUGCUGGAAUCAUUAGCCAGCUUCCCAAAGAUGAUAUUACUAUUGAUGAGAUACUCUGCAAAUCGGACACAUUAAAAGCCAUUCAUGAGGUGAUUUGCAACGCCGAUGAGAAAUAUAAUGGAAACAGGGCACCUGCUGACCAGGGUACAUCUUUACUAGAAAAUGCUCUAGCAGCACUGAUGAGAUACGCAGAACCUAGCAAACCUGAACUUCAGAGGCAAGUGGGCAAACUUGAACUGUACCCUUCACUAGUUCGUGUUCUCUCCAGGGGCAGCUCACUAGCCAAGCAGCGAACAGCUAUUGCACUUGCCAAACUAUCCCAAUCCACCAGCCAGUCAGUCUCUGAUACAACCAUCAUGACAGAGAGAAGCAAGCAUUCCAUGCCAAUGCUCUUUUUGACUAAGCUUCUACCGAACAUGUCUUGGUGCUGCUCAGCCUCAUCAACAAACGGAAUCUCAUGUUCUGUUCAUGGUGCAGCUUGUUCACAUAGAGAUACAUUCUGCCUCGUCAAGGCUGAUGCAGUGAAGCCACUGGUGCGAACUUUGAGUGAGACAGAAUCCGGUGUGGCAGAGGCUUCUUUGAUGGCACUCGAAACAUUGUUAACUGACCAUAGCACACUGUCUCAUGCAACUGCAGCCAUUGUGGACAACCAGGGAGUGGUGGCCAUUCUACAAGUCCUCGAGAAGGGGUCCAUACCUGCCAAAACCAAAGCCUUAGACCUCUUCCAGAAGAUCCUAAACCAUACACAGAUCACCCAAACAUUAUUUCAGCGGUUUGAGGGCAUCCUCAUACAGCUACUUCAUGACGAUGAUCUCAAAAAAAAAGCAGCUUUGGUGCUUAAGCAAAUGAAAAUUCUUCCAGAGCAAUCUUCUUACUUCUGAAUUCAUUUCAUCCAACAGCGGGAAACUAAAGUAAAAGCAUCUAGUCUUCAAUAGUUGAACUGGGCUCGUAGGGAGUUGAAAACAGUUCUUACUACACUAUGCAUUUCGCAGAAAUUGAUAAUGUAGGAGGUUGAAUAUGCACAAGGACUUCACCUUGGAAGAUUUGAGUAUUUAAUUUUCUUGGUGAGACAAUGCCAAAAAGUAAGCAGAAGUGAUACCCAUUCUAAGAUCUCAUUCAUAGAGGUAUGUAGGAACGAAACAAGCAUAACAUAACCAACGGGCAUAAAUAGCCAUUGUUGGCCUUGUGCAGAAGUUGCAGCUCCUUAAACUCAGUUUCUGGGAAUGAAGCCAUCCAGUUUUUAGUUUAUAGCCAAAUUCAAACAUACAAUGGGGGAAAAAGAUAUUGUUUAGUUUUCGGGCAGUAAGUCGAGAGCUGGGAUAGUAUAGAUAAUGGUCACUGUAUUUGUGGAUAAAUUCAGUACAUAGUCUACAAAAAUUGAUGCUAUUUUGUAUGAAAUGGAAAAAUGCAAUUUUACA